UUCAUAGUUUGAAAAACUUGCACCAGAUUUUAUGAAUUAGAAUAUUGUUGAGUCUCUGAGGAACCUCAGGUUCAUUGUUUGGUUCAAGCCAUUCCUUCUGGUAAUUCUUGCACAUCACAUUUUUGUGAUGGUUUUGGGUGUGAGGAAGCACACUUCAACUGUUGAUAACCGUUGACCUCCAUGGCUGUUACAAAUACAACAUCUCUUGUGGUUGCUGGGCUCCCAGGUUCUCAACUUGGGUGUCACAAUUUGAGGAACAGACAGCAUUCUCUUACACUGAGUUGGGAAAAACAUCUGAAGUGUGCACACAAAUGGGGUGGGAUGUGUGUUGGUCGAACCACGAGGAUUUGGGGGGUUGAGAAUCCAUGGAAGCCGAUGAAGGUAGUGAUGCAGGUCGUUGAUCACCAUCCAAUGGACGGUGAUGUUUCUCGUGGAGUGCAUAAAGAUUUGGUCGCCCUUCCAAAGCCAUUAACCAUAUCGGAUAUUGUGGCUGCUUCUGAUGCUGAUGCUAAAGUACGAAUAUCGUAUAAGGGGAUGCCAGGAUCAUACAGUGAGGAUGCUGCACUCAAAGCUUACCCCAACUGCGAAACGGUUUCAUGCAAUGACUUUGAAGAAGCUUUUAAGGCUGUUGAGUUAUGGUUGGCUGACAAGGUUAUUCUUCCAAUAGAAAAUACAUCUGGGGGGAGCCUUCAUCGGAACUAUGAUUUACUUCUGCGCCAUAGGCUUCACAUUGUUGGUGAGGUGCAGAUGAGUACUAAUCUCUCCCUUCUAGCUCUGCCUGGUGUCAGAACAGAGUACCUAAAACGGGUUCUAAGUCAUUCUCAGGCACUUGAAUUGAGUGAUGAUUUCUUAACUAAAUUAGGGGUUGCCAGAGAAAAUGUUGACGAUACAGCUGGUGCUGCUCAGAUAAUAGCUUCAAAUGGCCUACAUGAUGCUGGUGCAAUUGCAAGCAUUCGAGCUGCAGAGAUCUAUGGACUUAAUGUACUUGCAGAACGAAUCCAAGACGAUUAUGAAAUCAUCAGUCGGUAUCUUGUGCUUGCAAGGGAUCCAAUAAUCCCAAAAGCUGAUAAGCCCUUCAAGACAAGUAUUGUGUUUACGCUGAAUGAAGGUCCUGGAGUACUGUUUAAAGCUUUGGCAGUAUUUGCCUUGAGGGACAUAAAUUUAUCCAAGAUUGAAAGCCGCCCACAAAGAAAUCGACCACUAAGAGUUGUUGAUGACUCCAACACGGGAACUGCCAAGUAUUUCGAUUACCUUUUCUAUAUUGAUUUUGAGGCAUCUAUGACUGAGCCUCGAGCACAAACUGCUUUAGCACAUUUGCAGGAAUUUGCCACAUUUCUUCGGGUACUGGGUUGCUAUCCCAUAGACACAACCACAUUAUAGUUAUCUGCUUUUCUAUUGGUGAGUUUUCAUUGAAUUCAAUCAUAUCCAAGCCUGAAACUUGGAAGAGGAUUUGGAGAUAGAGAUACUUUCUUGUCACAGUAAAAUAAGAGCUCUCAGAUGGUAAAAAGUGUAAUCUAUGAUAGCAAUUUUUUAUCCUCCUUACCUUAGACAGUGCCAUUAGUUCAUCUACUCAAUGAAGAGAUCUUCAUAAAGAAUAAAGAGGUAAAUUAGGUUUUGGCCAAAUAUGUAGUUUUCUCUCUAAUGUAAUAAGAUCAUGUUUGGUUCAUCUCUUGAAUUUCUGCACAAGUUAACAUCUUCCACCCACCAAGUUUGUGUUGAGGUUAUAUUUUCUGCAUAUAUUCAAAAUAUUCUUGUUGAAAGUGCCUCUAGCCAAAUGUGUAGCUUUCGGUCAAACCCAACAGAAGAAACAACAAAAAAAAAUGCUGCUGAUGCAUUGUGGCACUAUGAACUCAGUUGUCACCAUAACGAAUGAGAACAUAAUUGGUUCAGCAUCUGUUCUCAAGUAAUGUCAUGUCUUCAAUUUUUGUUGUAAAA